AUUCUUUUGUAAUUCUCACCUUCUUAUUUCUUCCCCAGGGAAUCGGAUUUCAGGACAGUUUUCCACGGAGAAAGUCUCAAAGUUAUAUAGCGAAUCCCUUAAUUCUCUGUUGUUGAAUUUAAAUUUACCGCAGGCCGUUUCUUCACACUCUUUGGCUGCUAAGAAACGACAUAUAAAUGGCCGAUGCUACAGUAAUCAACGGAGAAGUUUCCGAUGAUCGGACGGUGGAUAUUGCCGGAGAUGAAACUUCGUCAAAAAUUUCUGGGCUCCACCAAAUGAUUGCUGAUCUUGAGCGGGAAAAUGGGAUAACCAUUAAGGAAAAUGAGGGCUAUAAGAAGCAAAUUCAGGAAUUGGAGGCCUCUGUGGAAGAAUUGAGCACAGCGAAUGUGGAUUUGAAGAAGCAGGUGGAGAAGGCAGAAUCAGAAAAUAAGGCCUUAGGUGCGGUCGCUGCUCGAGCAGCUGAGCUCGAAGCUGAGGUGUCGAGGCUGCAGCAUGAUUUGGUGUCGGCGAUGAGUGAUUUACAGGAAUCAGCUGUUGAAUUAUCGGACUUGAAGAGGGAGUUGGAAGGAGCGAAAGAGAGGGAGAAGGAGAAGAAUGUUAACUUGGAAGCAAUUGGGAAAGAGAGGGACUUGUUAUUGUCUAAGGUUGAGAAACUGGAGGGAGUCGAAAACAGUUUGAGGGGUGAAUCGGAUGGGAAGGAAAGGGAAAUCCGGAAUCUGAAGAAGAAUGUUGAGGAGUUGGAAGUGGUAGUGGAAAAUAGUAAGAGUUUGGAGAAGCUGAAGAAUGAGUUGGAGAAGACAAUUGAGAAAAUGAAGGAAGAAAUUAGUGGUCUAGAAAGCAUUUUGGAGGAGAAAGAGAAGGUGAUUAGUGGGUUUGAAAUGAAGGAAAGAGCAGUUGGUGGUGCUAACGGUGAUGCUACCAUUGAGACUGAAAAGAAGGGAUUAAUUGGGGGUUUGAAACAAAAGGAUUGGUUGGUGGUCGGGGGCUCAACUGUUGCUGCUGUUGCUGUUGCAGGAGUUGCGUGCUACAUACACGCUGCAAGGAAACAUUGAUUUGGGUACUUGACUUUGCAGGCACUUAGAGGUUAGGAGGACUUCUUUUCUAACCGAAUGAUGAGGAGUUUCAGUUUUGAUCAAAGGUGUUUUUUGGUUUUUUCCUCUAUUAAGUUUGGUAAUCUUAGUCAACAGCACUCUAUAUUUGGUUACAUUGUUGUGGAAUAAUGUUAGGAAAUACUCCAUAUUAUUUUCUUUGGAGAACUUCAUGUGUUGAAUGCGGAAGGUAUAUACUUCCACUAUAUUUUAAUGAUGUUUUGAGAUAUUGUUCAGAACCCAAGGUGGUUGUAUUUUAUGUAGUUUCUUAUAGAA